AUGGCGGAAGGAGACAGCAUUUUCUCCAAAAUCAUUCGUAGGGAGAUUCCUUCUGAAUUCCUUCACGAGGAUGAACAAGUAUGGUAUUCUCAUUUAGUUUGUUAAUUUGAACCAUUUAAGAUUUGCGACUCAACAUUAUUAUCAACAACUUUGCUUUUUGAUGAGGUGAUUGAAGACUUUUGAAAAUUAAGCUUAUUUGAAGACCUUUAAAACUCAACAAAGGUCCAUAAGUUGUGCAUUUCACAUUUGAAAUAAGCCUUCCCCAUAGUCAAGAUUUGUUCUUGUUUGCAAAUCCCAGCCUGUCUUAGCUUUAUCAAAUUAAUCCUGUCGGCCAGAACCCCUUUAGAACCUCUAAUUUGAUAGGUCCUUGUUGGCCCAAAGCUCUACUAUAUUGUUUCAAAGCUGGGGUUCAUUGUUAGUUUUGUUUAGGUUAGGGCUAUCUAUUGUUUUCAAAACCAAUCCUGUGAGCCGUUCUUAGAGCUUCCGGCAGGCUGUCAAUCUUUCUUUAAUCUCCAUACCCUCAUAAGUGAACCAUUUUGACUCCAUAACCCACUCUGGAACCCCUGGUAUUAGUGAUUUUUCUUCUUGGAUGGUGAAUUCUCAGAGGCAGGGACUCUUAAACAGUCAAAUACCCCACAGUGAGGACCCAGCCUCAGGAUAUUUGUCAAUCAAAUCACCAGACUGCGGCAGUUCUCAUUCAUCGCAGUGUAGAGUAGUUUUAUUUUCAGCAUUUUUAAUGUAUGAUUUUUCAUUUGGUGCAUCUGCAUCUCCAUCCUUUACAAACAAGCCAAUCCACUCUUCUUUUCCUGAAAAUUCCUCCAUCUUUGCCGCUAUGUUUGAGUUUCGAGUCAGAAACCAUGUGCAUGUGAAAACCCAUGGGUGAACCCGGGAUUGGCAAAAAUACCCAUCCCCCGGGUCACAAAAAGGUGCUAAUGCCCCACCCCGAGGACUGAUAAGGCAUGUAAAUCACCCACAUUUGCCUGUGGGGGAUGGGUGCAGCAACUGACUGAUGGAUAACAGCUUGAAAUGGUUAUGAUUCCAGUGUGUUGCCAUAAAGGACAUAAAUCCUCAGGCACCUGUACACUUCCUUGUCAUUCCAAAGAAGCCGAUUCCCCAGCUGUCAAAAGCAGAUGAUACCGAUGAGCAGGUGAGGAUAGUAAGGGAAGGUUAAAUGGACUGAUAUUUAAAAGGGUGAUACCGUGUGGCACAGAAUUUUUGCAGGUUCUUAUUUUUGUGAUAAUUAUUUGCAAUAUUAUUACAGUGAUCUGCAAAAACAAGUUCCCACAAAUAAAAAUUACCACAAACAUUUUUCCUGAAAAAAUUUACUCCUGAAUCAAUAUUCUCUAACAAAAAUACACUACUAAGAAACUGUGUCGGUUCAAUUACAACUUUCCUCUUUCAUUCAUUCAGAAACAAAACAGUAUACAAUGUUCUUUUACACAGGGUGGGCAUAUUGUAGUAUUGUAUUUCUAUUGCACCUACUUAACAAAAGCAAAAAUAUUAUCAAUGCUGAGUACAUAGUGGGUACCGGUACUUUCUAAAAAUCGAAAAAUUAAUUCAUAGCAAGAAAGAACAAUCUGUCUUCAUCGCAAAAAUUAGUUCUUGCAAAACACAAAAAAUCGCCAGUCCACAAAAAUAUACUCCUGCAAAAAUUUUGUGCCACGUGGUAAUCUCCUUGCAACUAACAGGUUCUCGGGUCACAUGAUCUGCACCCAAGAUGAACUAAUAACUCACCUCUUACGACCUCAUUACACUAUAGCCACCCACAACCCUCUGUGUGAAACCACAUCCCUUGUGCCACUCAAGGAAAAGAUAGCCAGUAACUAUUAUGGGGUAAAUAGAACUGAAAAUUUUGCCUCCUUCAUAUGUGAAGAAACGAGAAAAGAAUGAUAACCAGCAUCAUGCACUUCCAGAAAAUUCUGGAGAUUUUGUGACCAGAAAACAGCUUGACAAGCAUCUCAGAGUAUUCUUAUUAUUGAUUUAUCAUUAUCAUUACUGUAUUAUGAUAAACGUUUUUUAAAACACAAGCUUUUGAUUCCACUGGGACUAUCUGAACGACCAGGAUAAUCAAGAAAACCAGGAAAACUGGGAAAACCAGGAGGCCAUGAUGACUGGGAUGACUAGGACCACCAGAACAACUGAGACAACUGGGACAACCGAGGCAAACCAGGACAACCAGGAUAACUGGGACAACUGGAAAGACUGGGAUGACUGUGACCACUGGAACAACUGAGACAACUGGGAUAACUAGGACAGCUAAGACAACUGGGACAACCGAGACAACCAGGACACCCACAACUGGGACAUUUGGGAUAACUAGGAUGACUAUUAUAGCAAGUGCGUCGACAAUGGUGGUGGGGGAUCAUCUAAAGUUGUCAGGCUACACCUUUGAUGUGUCCUCCUCUUCGAUUCUCAUAACGGAGGAGUUAGGAAGACAAUCAAAAUAUUAUUUUGUCAGGCUACAACAUUGAACAGAGACGCUUGUUACGAGGUCCUUGUGAUUCAUUGAAACGUUUUGUUUCGUGAUUAAUUAAAUGGCAUUGUAAAUCGCAAGACAAAAUGCCUAAAUCCAUCACUUGAUAAAGAUUCUCUGAUGGAAUCAAAAGCUUGUGUUUAAAAAAGUUUUUUCCUAUCCUGUAUAUUGAAUCGUCAUUUAUCACUGUGACAGGAUUAAGUGAGUCUUUUUUUGCUAAGACAUUAUCAUUAUUAAUUUAUUAAUACUGUUGUUAUUAUUAUUAUAAUCAUAACUAUAACAAAUUUGUCAAAUCUGAUUGGCUAUCAACUGCCCUGAUUUCAGCCUUAAUUGGACAGUUUAAUAAGAAGUACGUGCCAUGCCUAAGAAAUUGGACAGUACGUGCCAUCACGCGCGCGCUUAAAUGGCUUUCUUUUUCGUUACUGCUAGCAAAACAAAAUUUCGAAUUUCGUGUUUUGAUUUAAAAAAUAGCCUAUUAUGUCACAAAUUUUGUUAAAGUUAUGAUUAAUUGGUAACAGAACUUUGUGUCGUCCAAUUCGGUCUGUGAUCAUACUCGUGAUGAAACAAAUCGGACUCCCGCCAUGCGGUCGUCCGAUUUUGUUAAUCACUCGUAUGAUUACAGACCAAAUUCGAAUCCACUCGUCCUGUUACCAUUACUUAUUAUUAUUAUUAUUGUUGUUGUUAUUAUUAUUAUUAUUAUUAUGCUAGAGGGUGAAAGGGGUAAAUCCUUGCAAGUUACAUGGUUAAAUGACUAUUGUGAUACUUCACAUACCAACCUAGCUUGUUCAGUCCCCUUUUUUUCCAUAAGAUCAUCAAGAUUGAGCACUUUGCAUUAGCGGUGGCCACCAUCAGCUAUCUUGGCUAAAUAGCCUGUUGAGGAGUGUCUCAUUGCUUGAUACAUAUGAAACCAAGAUGGCUACCCCAAAUGGUAUGUGCUUGAUCCUGACAAUCUUAUGAAAAGAUAGGAAUAUAUCUAAUAUCGACCCAGCUCUCUACUGCUACUGGCAUUUAUGACUGUCUGGAAGCAAGAAAACAAGAGAUUUUGUAAGAUCAUUUUUCAUUUUCAAUAUUUUGUCUCAGUUACUAGGCCAUCUACUGUUAGUUGCCAAAAAAGUUGCAGCUGAACAGAACCUGACCAAAGGGUUUCGCAUAGUGAUUAAUGAUGGCAGUGAGGGAGGACAGGAGGUGUACCAUAUCCAUGUUCAUGUUUUGGGUGGACGACAAUUGACCUGGCCCCCAGGUUAG